AUGGACGGAAAAAGCCUCCGCUCAAUCCGCGCGCCCCUCCUCUCGCUCAUCCUUCCUACUCUCCUUCGCACCCUCGACAUCUCGCCCACCCCGCUCUCGCUCUUCCUCCCAAUCGGCAUCCUCUUCCUCGUCAUCGAGAAAGGCUACAUCGAGACGCUCGAAACGCUUUCCCCCGAGCUUUCCGAGCACACUGGACCCUUCUGGCACAUCGGCGUCUGCUUGCUGGCCCAAAUCUUCGUGCACAACCUGGGGGGAUGGCGCGGUGAAGUGCUGUACUGGACGAUAUUUGCGCGGUGGGCGGCUGGAAUGAACAGAUACCACAGAGCCGGGGUGAAGGUGUUCAGAGAUGCGUAUGUGGCGCGCACGACGGCGAAUGGUGCACGGCUGCAUGGGGUUCUGGCGGCAACGUUGUUGACGCCGGUGUUUGUGACGGAGCGGAUAUCGUGGAUGCAGGUGGCGGCGGUUUGGCUGCACUUCUACCAUAGCGUAGGGUAUGCACUUGCGGUAUGGACAUACUUUGGCCUGCCCGAGAAACAGAAGCGCCUGGUGGAGGAACGCCGGAGAAGCGAGGCGUCUUCGGGUCACUGA